AUGCAAGCGGCUGCACAAGGGUCAGACUGUGAUUUUGGCCUGACCUUGUGCAACUCGCACUGGACGAGGAGUUUCACACACAAACAUAUCUACGCCUCAGAAGUUGUGUUUCUACAGAAGUUGCUCCGGGCGGUUCCACUAACUACAGAUCCCUCGGAGGCAGAUCUCUUCGUUGUGCCAUGGCUCGUGAGGUCGCACUGUGCAGUCCGAGAGGUGUGGGACAGAUGCAUCAUCACUGAGCUGGCGGGUCUGCUCUGGCACUACCUGCCUCACUUUAACGAGUCCACACGUGGAAGACAUCUUUUCUUUGCGACGGGCGGCCCACCGAACCUCCCGAUGGAUGUGCAGGCUCAGCCCCUUCAGGUCACUCUCGGCCCGGACUACUUCCCACCAGGCCGGCCCCACUUUGUGUCUGGACGGAUUCUGGUGCCAUAUCUGAGCAAUGACCCCUUCCUUCAACCAGGAGCCUGGCAAUCCUGGAAGAAGAGGAAGGGGAUGCGGAAGGACGUGUGGGUGUGUUUGGCUUUCUCGCUUGUGAACAUCGCGCGACACGUGAUUCUGGAUUCCUUCAAAGCUGCCAGCGAAGGCAAUCUUACUCUGGCAUUGCCUGGCCCGAUCCGAAUUGUCGGGUUCAACAGGAAGAUGACUGCCACCGGCACUCCGACGGACGAGACAACCCCCCGCGAGCUGCUAAAGUUGCUGUCAAGAUCCCGAUUCUGCGUUGUGCCACCGGCAGACACAUCGAGCAUUGGAAAACGGUUUUAUGAUGCGGUUCUGGCUGAGUGCAUUCCGGUGGUUAUUGCAUUUCCAACAAAGUAUGGACUGGGAAAAUCCUGGUGGACUUUCGACGGUACUCCAGUGGAAUGGAGUUUGCCCUUCGCGCAUCAAGGCUUGGAUUACUCGAAGCUUGCCAUUGAAAUACCCGUGGAAGAGGUGCGACAGGGAAAUGCCGUAGCAUACCUCGCUGCCAUUUCGGAGGCUGUCGCUGCGAGACGGUUAGCGUACCUUCGGGCGGUCCGCAAUCAUUUAAUCUUUGAUUACAGUGGGGAAACCAUAGAUGCUUUCUCUGUGGCGGUGCGUCAGCUGCUGUCUCUGCUGCCCGCUGCAAGGGCCGCGCCGGUGACAUGUUUGGACCUCCCGAGGCUUGACGACACCCCUUGGAGCAUCGAG